GCCAACAUGGCAGCUACCAUUCGAGAAAAGCAAACUGCUGCCCUGCGGCGGAUGCUGAAUUUUAACACGGCCCAGUCGAAGACUUCUUCAACUGAGCCACAAUGGAAAGUUCUUGUUUACGAUCGCUAUGGCCAAGACAUCAUCUCUCCCUUGAUGUCCGUCAGGGAGCUCAGAGAUUUGGGUGUCACAUUGCAUCUUUUGCUCCAUACAGACCGAGAGGCUAUUCCAGAUGUGCCAGCUGUGUACUUUGUUAUGCCUACCGAGGACAAUGUGCAGAGGAUUUGUAGGGAUGUGCAGAAUCAGAUGUACGAAUCCUAUUUCUUCAACUUCAUCUCAGCAAUCUCCAGGCAGAGAUUAGAAGACAUCGCUAACACAUCCAUACAGUCAAAUUCAGUCUCCAUGAUAUCGAAGGUUUUUGACCAAUACUUGAACUUCAUAAGUCUUGAAGAUGAUAUGUUUGUACUUCGUCAUCAGAAUAGUGAUAGCAUAUCAUAUUACUCAAUAAACAAGGGAGAUGUUAAAGACACCGAAAUCGAAGCCAUGAUGGAUACGAUCGUUGAUAGUCUGUUCUCGGUGUUUGUGACCAUUGGUACAAUUCCCAUCAUCAGAUGCCCCAAAGGCAAUGCUGCUGAAAUGGUGGCAGAAAAACUCGACAAGAAAUUACGAGAGAACUUGCGAGAUGCCAGAAACAGUCUUUUCACGACUGACAGCAUUCAGUCCGGACAGUUUUCGUUUCAAAGACCAUUACUUGUGAUAUUAGAUAGAAACAUAGACUUGGCCACGCCUUUUCAUCAUACUUGGACCUACCAAGCUCUAGUCCACGAUGUUUUGGAUUUGAAACUAAACCGUGUUGAAAUCGAGGAGUGUACAGAUUCUAAGUCAGCUGGAGGUGCGGCAAGACCGAAGAAGAAGAAGAAACAAUAUGAUCUGAGUACGAGUGAUCGGUUUUGGAUGACACAGAAGGGCAAUCCUUUUCCACAAGUUGCGGAGUCUGUUCAAGAAGAACUUGAAUCCUAUAGGACACAAGAAGACGAAGUUAAACGGUUAAAAACUGCCAUGGGUUUGGAAGGAGAAGAUGACUCUGCCAUCAGCAUGCUUUCAGACAACACAGCCAAGUUAACGUCGGCAGUCAGCUCGUUACCGGAGUUACUCGAGAAAAAAAGACUAAUAGACAUGCACACGAAUAUUGCAACAGCACUUUUAGAACAUAUAAAGGCUAGGAAAUUAGAUAUUUAUUUUGAAACUGAAGAGAAGAUGAUGAGUAAAUCAUUGCUGGAUAAAUCUUUAAUGGACAUAAUAUCAGACCCAGAAGCCGGCAAACCAGAAGACAAGGUUCGGCUAUUUAUCAUUGCUCUAAUCUGCGGACCACCGAUGACUGACGCUGAGAUCGACCAAUAUGGUGCUGCCCUGCAGGCUGCUGGUUGUGAUAUAUCAGCCAUGCAGUAUGUCAAGAGGUGGAAAGCCUAUUCCAAAGUGCAGGCGGCACCGAGUGCCUAUGGUGGAGGUGGUACGAAAACAGUGGGGAUGUUUUCUAAACUGAUGUCUCAGGGUUCCCAGUUUGUUAUGGAAGGUGUGAAGAACCUAGUGGUGAAGAAGCACAACCUUCCCAUUACGAGAGUCGUUGAUGCUCUCAUGGAGAUGAAGUCUUAUCAAGAUACAGAUGAUUUUCGAUACUUUGAUCCAAAGCUCCUCAGGGUCACAGACAGUGCAUCGAUACCAAGGAAUCGGUCACCAUUUCAAGAGGCUAUGGUGUUUGUAGUGGGUGGAAGUAAUUACAUUGAGUACCAGAAUCUAGUGGAUUAUGUCAAGUACAAGUCUGGAGUUUCGGCCAAGAAGAUCACAUUCGGUGCAACGGAGCUUCUCACUGCAAAUCAAUUCUUGAGACAAUUAAAUCAACUCGGAGAAGAGAUGAACUCUUAAAGAUGAUUACAAUGUUUGGUUACUCGUCAAGGGUACCUUGCAGAAUGUGAGAUGCUACCUGAAACGAGGGUGCCUUGCAUUCUGUAGUAAUGUAAAGCAGGAAAUAUUCUAUACUCCAUAUCACGAAAAAUGGCCCUUUGAUUUUUUGGCGAUUUCGCACAGAAAAUGAAAUAUUUGAACUAAAUUUUAUAUGUCGUCUUAAACUUCAAAGUCUGAAGUAUCUGAAAAUACUUACAUUCCCAGAAUUGAACAAAGAACCAGCAAUUUCAAAGGAAGUACUGGAUAAUUUUCCCUGCUAUUUUAGGCUGUAUUUGCGUGCUGUGCCAUUUUUUUCGUGAACUGGAGAAUAGGUUGUCAGUUCAGAUAUUUAUAUGUGCUUCCAAUUAUGUAUGCUCUCUUGUUUGAGGUAACAUCUCUCCUUCAGCAAAGGUUACAAAACAGUGUAACUUCAAUAACCCUUUGAAGCCUUUGGAUCAGUGCCAGGAUCGGCAGAAGUUGGAAGAAAAUCUUCGAAAUUUUGUAUCCAGUUAUACAUGCACAGGAAGAAGAAUAAACUCCAACAUACUUUAUAUUCAUGAACGACGUUUAACAAGAACAAAAAUCUGGAAAUUUUAUGAAAACUUCUGCCAUUCGUGGUACUGAUUCACAGUCCACAAAGGUGUACUGGGUACCUCGGUUUUUCAGUGACAGAUGGGGGAAGUUGUUUUCAAACGAAACAAUGUAAACUCUCAUGCCUAUAUUUCAUCCAUAAGCAAUGGAUGCAAAACAACUUUGGAUGGUGUUUCAGGCAUUGCGUGAUAUGAAUAAAGACCAAUAAAUGUUUUUACUGAAAUUUUGUACAGGAAGACCAGGUGUAAAUGUACAGGAAGACCAGGUGUAAAUGUACAGAAAGACCAAGGGUAAAUGUACAGGAAGACCAGGUGUAAAUGUACAGGAAGACCAGGUGUAAAUGUACAGGAAGACCAGGUGUAAAUGUACAGGAAGACCAGGUGUAAAUGUACAGGAAGACCAUGUUUAAAUGUACAGGAAGCCCAGGUGUAAAUGUACAGAAAAGACCAGGUGUAAAUGUACAGAAAAGACCAGGUGUAAAUGUACAGGAAAGACCAGGUGUAAAUGUACAGGAAGACCAGGUGUAAAUGUACAGGGAAGACCAGGUGUAAAUGUACAGGAAGACCAAGUGUAAAUGUACAGGAAGACCAGGUUUAAAUGUACAGGAAGCCUGUAGUCCUUGUUUCAUAUCACACAUUGAUGUGAUUUGUUCCGACUUUCAUGAGCAGCAUAAAUCGAGUUGGAUUAUGGUGUUUUGGGUGCCUGCAAUAAACGUACAAGAGGUAAGUGAUGCCUUUUGGGGAGACAUGUCAGGCAGUGUCCUUUAUAGAGAGGUGUCCGCUAAGGGAGGUUCCACUGUAGACGAAGAGUUUCAUCACAAACACAAUGUACAUGCCGAAUCCUCUAUUUUGGAGAGCCUUCAGAUGUUCAUUGAUCUUGCUUUAGAAAUUUGCUUUUAUCCAAAUGAAAGGUAUCCUAUACAUGUACAUUUACUUUGGGAUUGCAUGUAUUGAGGUGCUCGGGAAUUGGCCAUGUGACUUUUAGGAGAAAAAUCCUGUGGUCAGUACAUUGUGUGUGAAAACGUGUACCUAAUAUUAUGUUGAUGGUUAUUCUUUACCAUUUGGAAUGUAAGGAAACAAAACUAUUAUAUGUAUUUAUGUAAAUGUAAAUAAAGUCUCAAUACAGUUAUUC